UAAAUUCUUCCGUUUCGUGACCACCAAAAAGGGUGGGCACCAAAAUGGCAUGAAAAUUAUGAAAUAAAUUUAUUAUGACUAUCGUUGCUUUUCACAAGCGUAUUUCUUGUACGUUAAUUCGUAAAUAAAUUUAAAAGGGAUAAAAAUUAUAUCUGUAACCGCGUACAAAUAGAGCCAAUCAGUAACGCCGUACAUCCUUUACUGCGCAAUAUGUGAUCAAUAUUGACCAAUCACUGACGACCGUAGUCUUUAUUGUGGUUAUGCAGUGCACAACAUGGCAUCCUCCACGGAUGAGGUGUGCACUCCGGUAGACGGAGGUAAAUUGUGUUUUAUGUGCAUUUUCCCUGCGAAUAAAUCCACUGUAGUACCAUUUUCUGAUAAAACAUGGUCACGUUUUUCACAAUUUGUCAACAAAUGGAAGGAUUUAGAAGGGGACCAGACAGAAAUAGCAAGACGGAUGGAGAGGGUGGCAAACAAUAUGAAAAAGAGAGAGCAACUUGGGGCUAGUAGUGCCAUCUACAAGAGGAGUUUGCAGCCGAAUCCAGUGAUACCCCCACCUGAUGGCCAUGGGUGGAAGAUGGACAGUAGCGGGGAGCUUGUCAUCGACUGGAUGAACCUUCCGUCUGCUCCAGAGAGUGUGAUGGAGCUAGCUAAUUGUACAGCCAGCUGUAAGAGAAGUGGUUGCAAUGACGUCAACAUAUGUAGCUGCUUAGAAAACGCUAUCCCAUAUACAGAUUUGUGCAAGUGUGCUAGGAUGAACUGCUCCAACGUUGGUGGUCAACAUCAGUCUGCGAAAUUAACCACUGGCUGUAAAUUUUCCGUGGGGCCAAUGAAACUGUUAGAUGAACAAGCCCGAUGUGCCAGUCGAAAAAAAUGGAGUAAAUGGUCUAUUAAUGAUAUUUCAUCUUCUUUAUGUGAUGAUCAGUCUGAGAAUUAAC